AUGUCCACGGCGGAUGAUAAUGCAGUAACAGGUGCACAGAUGGGGAAUGAGAACUCCGCACCGGCCGAGGAGGCUGCACCCCCGGUUCCCCCCAAGGAGUUGCCCGAAUGGCGUGCCGCAGCCCUCCCAGCAGUUGGUCCGGGAGCGCCCGCCACGCCCGCCCCUAGCGUCUCCCCGGCUCCUGUGCCACCUCGUCUCAAGAAGAAAGUGCCGUGGAAAGGCAAAAACAUCCUGGUGUUGCUACCAUGGGACGAUGCGCGUGGGAAGUCGGACAAAGCGCCGCCACCGCUGACGCAAAAAGAGGUCGACGCCAUGUUGAAAGAGUGGGAGGAUUUGGGCUAUGAUACAAGGGGUUUCACUCUCGGCCCCAGCGAGAGUGUUGGGGAGGGAAACGAGGGCCAGAGUCGGCAUAUGUGGCCCUUGUUAGAGGAUGUGAGACAGGAAAGAGCGCAGAGAGCUUUCCGAGUUAGCAUCCCUGACCGACGAGCAUGGGACGAGUACGUCAAAGAACUGGCAGAGGCCAAGUUGCGAGCUCUGGGAGUAACGCUCGGCGACGAAGAGCCUGUGGUAGCGCCCCCGUUGAGUCGCAAGCCGUCAGUGCACCAAUAUCCAGCAUUGCCUUUCUCACCGCCCCUGCCUUCGUCCUCGGCAGCCAGUAGCCAUGUGAAUCUCCCCAAUCCCUUCUCCCCAGCUUUAUUGGCAGGGGCAGGGAUGUCGGCCAGUCAAAGCUCUAACCCAGGCUCGAUUGCCUCACCGGCUUCUCUGCAGUCUCAGAUCCAAGGCAAAUACAAUCCGAGACAAUCAAUCUCCUUUGCAAAUGGCGAGCACCCGUUCGGGUCACCGUUCCAAUAUCCCCAGCAGUCAUCGCCGGGUUUUUGGUCCCCACAGCAAAUCCUACAGCAGCAGGGUGUCGCCAGAGGGGGUUCGCCAUCUCUGCAGAAUCUCGGUGCAAUUGUGCCUGGUCCGCAAGAUGGUUACUUCCCGCAAGGUGAUGUAGCUUCUCAAAUGCAGCAACGACAGCAGCUCUUGCAGAACCAACUCCUUCAACAGCAACAGUUACAGUUAGGUACUAGAGCUGCGCAGCGUUUGCAGGAAGUUAGUGAAAUUGAGGAGGAAGAACCGCCCAAGAGCCCCUCGAAAACGCCAGAAGCGAGGCAGGUCAAACAUAAUCCGAGUGCAAGCCUGCAGAAGGAAAUUGACGAUGCGGAAUAUCAUUUGGAAGAGCAAUUUCAAAGACAGCUUGAACACGACGAUUAUAGCCCACAUUCUGAUCAUGGUGAAGAUGACAGCCGGUUCGAGAAGAAGUCCGCUCUGCAUGCUCGGAAUGGCUCGUCUAUGGGCGGUCUCGCGGCCUCUCGUUAUGCUACUGCAGAUGACUCUGAAGAUGGGCCGAUCCUGCAUCAUCCUCAACCGCAUAGCCGAGGACAUUCAUUGUCGCAGAGACCAUUCCAAGAGAACGAGGAUACCUCGAGCGCUGGCGAGUCAAAAUCCGAGUUUCUCAAGAGCGGCGAUGCCUCCAAGGCAAUGUCAGAUAUCGAGACCAACCCGAGUAAUCUGGGCACUCCCAUCCCCGAUUUGUCUGGCAGCCUGCAUAGCCGAGCUCUCUCGACGGCGAGCAAUCCAUGGGCCGACGUUCCGAGCCAUAAUGGAGAUAGUGCUGCUGCACGUCGUUCGGGUCACACGAGUAAUAAGCCCUCUAUAUCGAAGCUCAACGUAGGUGCGAAGGAAUUCAAGUUCGACCCUACGAGUUCUUUCAAGCCAAGCCAUUUCAACUUCAGUGGGAGCUUCAGUGGGAACAACUUCCAACCUCCCGUCGCGGCUUUUUCGGCCUUCGCGCCGGACAUGUCUACAUCAUCUAGCCAUUUCAGUAACCAUUCUAUUAACAGUGGAAAGAGCACCAUCAACGUUGGGGCGCCAGCCUUCGCUCCUGGCCACAGCGAGUUCAACUUCUCUGCUUCGCUACCUAUGUUCCGACCUGAUGCACCAGCGUUCAUGCCGAUGAACUUUUCGGAUUCCGUUGGGAGUGCUGCUUCUGGUGGCGACAACCACCACUCAUCCCUCUUUGGGAACAUCGAUCUCAGUGCCCUUGGGAUUUCCAAGCCGAGCAAGAAAUCGAAAGCCAUCCCGAUUGUUCGUCCUGAUAGCAGUCAUUCGAAGAAGGUGGAUGAGACCAUGGAAGGUAACGAUGGGCGCAUUACUCAAGCUGAGGGUCGUGUCAAGAGAUUUAGGGGAGUUAAGGACGAUGCCGAUUCCGUCCCGUUGUUCGCUCCUGGCAUGCCGCUCACAGAGACAUCUCGAGGGCAAUCACCUCCAAAGGAGACCAAGUCAGCGGCGGUCACCCAAGCUGACAAGGAGAAUUCAGCGCCUACUGAUAGCAAUGGAGCUAUCCCUGACAUACCCCCUAAAUCCGAUUCCCGGACUGCCAAGUCUCCAUCAAAGGCUGAAGAAACCAAAAAGGGUGAUGAGAAGACCCAGGAACCAUCCAAGAAGGCUCACAAGAAGAAUUCAUUGUCUGCUACUGCUAAGCCAUUUGAAUUCCGCCCUGGAUCAUUCAGUUUCACCUUUGGUCAACCAGCGCAGCAACCCCCCUCUCCUGUUGCUGCUCCUUCUCUCCCCACUUCUGGUGGGCUCGCAGCUUCAAAAUAUGCGAGAAGCCCAAGUCCGCCUCCUGCUCGGGCAUCACCCAAAGUUUCUCCUCAGCCAGAAAAGACAUCCAAGUUCGAACCUGGACCUGGAAGCCCGCCUAGACAGCCUGCAGAGCAGCAAGAGGAAACUCCCGACCGGGAACCUACCUUUGAGGAAAUCGAUGCCGUCAUGCGUCAACUCAAUGAGACUGAGAUGCAGGCCAAUUCCCGAGAAUCGAAUAUCCCGAGAUGGCAGCAACCCAGCCCAACAAGACGUUUCCAAGUUCCGGAGCCGGAGACUUCCUCUCCCAUCCGUCUACAACCGGAGAAUUUCACCCGCGGCGAUGCUCCCAGCCCUAGCCCUGGCAGAUUUCACGCCUCACCUGGUGAGACAGGCACACACAGGAUCUUUUCCAGACAACUUGAUGACCCCUUUGUGGGCGAAUAUUCAUCACCCGUGCGUCGUCUCAAUACUUCGCAUAGUAUACCUGCUAGUGAUUGGGAUGAUGUUGUCAGUGAGACAGAAGAGGCCAAGAUCCGACCUCGAGCCCAGUUCUUCGACAACCAUGUCAAUGAUCUCGUUGGCGGAUUGCUAGACCAGAGACUGGAUCCUUUGGAGAAAACUCUGGAGACAAUCCAGAUGUCCCUUGAGAUGAUGGCUGCCCGGGCUCCAUCUAGCCGACGGGAAAGACGAAGCAUCUCCGGCGCACUGAGUGACGCCGAUGAUGAAGAUGAUGAGGAGGGCGCUCCUCGACGAUCGCUCAGCCCAAGACGGGAUAAGAAGUUGGAGAAGAUCAGAGCUAUCGUCAUUGAGGCUUUGUCGAAUCACCAAUCCCGACCUCAGACUGCAACAACGACCUUCCCUGAUUCAAGCAAUGUACUUGAGAAAUUGGAAGAGAUAAAAGAACAGUUCAAUCGCUCCAUGCAUCUUGAUUUCCGUGGAGAUGAUCUCAGGAACAUCGUCGAGGAGGCUGUUGAGAGGCGCAUGCCUGCAACUCCUAAACCUGAUGAAUCGGCAAAGGAAGCUGAAUACCAAGCUCGCGUUGCGGAACUCGAAGAACGACUUCGUCGGGCUGAUGCAACUAUCGAUGAGGAGAUCAAGAAUCGCCGACAAGCCGAGGAGCAACUUGCAAAGGUCUCGAGACAGCUGCAUGCCUCGUCGGAAGAAGAGACUCGACUCCGCGCAGCUAAUGCUGAAGUUGCACUUGCUAAGUUUGAAGACGAGACCGUGAACCGACGAGCGGCGGAAGAUCGACUCGCCGAGAUCCAGAGACAACUCCGCAUAUCGUCUGAAGAAGAAACUCGACUUCGGGAUGCUAUGGAGGAGAGAGAAGUGAAGAUUCGCGAGAGAGUUGACGAGAGUGAUGCCAAGGUAAGAGCCGUCGAGGAGUCUCGAGCCAAGACCGCAAUGAAGAUUGCUAUCCUGGAAGCGGCGCAAAACAAUGCUUCCAAGACUGAGAACAGCCUACAAUCCCGGAUAUCCACGACUGAAUCGGAGCUCCGGGAUGCCCAAAAAGAGGUCCAACGCUGGCAAAUGGAAGCCGAGCGCGCACUGGAAGCCGCCCGGAGACACAGCGAGGAUGCCGAACAGGCCAACGAGACGAACAAGGGUCUCAGAGUGAGGAUGGAGGCCCUGAGGACUCAGAUGGAGGAAAGUAUCCGAGUCCGUGAGGGGAUGAGGGGGAUGUUAACUGGGCUGCAGGAGGAUAUGGCACGUGCCGCUCGAGACAUGGUCCAAGAAAACGCCCAACGAGCCAAGAAGGAGGCCGAAUUGCUCGCCCGUCAAGAAGUCCUCGACGCCAAACUCCAGGCCGAAGCCCGAACCCGUGAGCGUCUGGAGAAGGAGAUUGAGAGGUUGGAGAGUGGGGAGAGGGAGGGUAUGCGUGCUGUAGCCGAGUGCAAGCGACUUGAAGCUCUGGUGGUUGAGCUGAGACAAGAAAGCCACAAUGCCCAGAGGGACGCUAUGCGGCACAAGCGCGAAUUCGAGGAAGCUAGGGAGAGUGGUUUGAGCGAGGUGCAGCGGACAAGACGUUCUCUACAGGCCGAGAUUGAAUCCGCCAACAACCAAGUCAACGUCGUGCGGGAGGAUCUCGAAUCGCAACUUAGCCGUCUGCGGGCCGAUCUCGACGCGGUCAAGUUGGACGCCGAUACAGCGUCACAGAAACAUGACAUGCUUCUGGAGGAAGCCCAUAGUUCCAAGAUGAAACUUCUCGAAGACCUCACCCGGAAGCAUGCGAAUGAGAUGGAGGACCUGCAGACGAACUACGAGAGGAAGCUCAACAAUGCUGUUGAGGAUGCCCAGAGAUCGGAACAGCAUUUGUUGGAGCGAUUGAGUUUGAGCUCAUCGAAGGCCGAACACCUGCAGGAUCGCGUUCAUCACCUGGAAGAGAAGUUAGAAAUUGCCAAGAAAGCAGCAAAUGCUGCAGCUGCACAUGCCAAGGCUACUCGAUCAGCAAGUAGUUCGUCAAGUCAACCGGCACCUCUGCAGAAGACUGUUUCACAGAACCUGGAGUUGCCUGAGAAGAUAUCCCCUCAGGCGUUGAGAGAGUCAAUCAUAGUCCUGCAAGAACAGCUUCAAGACCGCGAGCAGAAGAUCGAGAAACUGGAAGCGACCAUAUCGUCACUCGACCCCGAAUCUGCAACCAAGAUCCAGAAGCGCGAUGAUGAAAUCCUCUGGCUCCGCGAACUCAUCGCUGUGCGAAAGUCUGACCUCACCGAACUUGUCUCGAGCUUGGAGACUGAGAAUUAUGAUCCCAACCAGGUGAAGGAUGCAGCGAUCAGAUUGAGAGCGAACCUGCAGAUGGAGGAGCAAGAGCGGGAGAGAGCCAUGAAUGGUGGUUCUGCUCUCAACCUGCCCAAUAUCGCGGCUAGUCUGAGAGAUGCUGCUGCUUCUCCUCGAGUAGCGCAAGCGGUUGGCCCCCUCGCUGCUGCAUGGGGAAACUGGCGGAAGAGCCGCGCUGAUUCCAACCUCUCCGAGGCUGGAUCGACGCCACGUCGGAACAACAGUCCGGGUACGCAGAGCUUUCUGGGAGGUCUACUAACACCGCCUGCGAGCUCCUUGAGGACCCCUCCGAGUGGUCAGCCAACGGCGUUUGGAUCCACGGGCCAGAGAUUCACGAGCGCCCAGCUGGCCAAUCGCCCGCGGGGUGGGAACAUGACACCUAAGGCCAGAGAGAAGCUGCCAACGCGGGGCGCUAGUAGUGGGUCCGCAGGACCAUCAACGCCCCCGAUGAUGAGGCAGAGUAGUUAUGACGCUGAUGCUCGCACGACAGAGAUCGGCGAGUUCGCGUCUGAUACCGGCUUCUUUGACGACGAGGCUGACGGGGACGGGGAUGAGGGCUCCAUCUACGGAGGAAGCCUCAGAUGA